AUGGGAACUGUUGAUGAACCGGAAACACUCGACAAGAACCUAUCACAAAAUGAAAACCAAGAGAAUGAAGAUGAAGUAUCUCCCAUCGAACAAGUCCGGUUAACCGUCCCAACGACAGACGACCCAACCCAAUCCGUGUGGACCUUUAGAAUGUGGGUAUUGGGUCUAUUUUCAUGUAUUUUGCUCUCAUUUCUAAACCAAUUUUUUACGUACCGUACAUCUCCAUUAGUGAUAACUCAAAUUACGGUUCAAGUGGCUACACUUCCACUAGGCCGAUUAAUGGCCGCGACUCUUCCAACCACUCAGUUUGGGUUAAAACUUCCGGGAUGUACGUCUCGGAAGUUUUCAUUAAACCCAGGCCCAUUUAACAUGAAAGAACACGUGUUGAUAACAAUUUUUGCUAAUGCUGGCGCGGCAUUUGGAAAUGGGCCGGCUUAUGCUGUUGGUAUUGUGGAUAUCAUAAAAGUCUUUUAUUUUCGAAACAUUUCUUUCAUUGCGGCUUGGCUACUAAUCAUCACUACUCAGGUUUUGGGCUACGGUUGGGCCGGGCUAUUAAGAAAGUACGUAGUGGAACCUUCACACAUGUGGUGGCCCAACACCCUCGUUCAGAUCUCCCUCUUUCAGGCACUUCAUGGUAAAGAGGAUGAAGAAGAAGAUCCUAACAACAUUGUUGUUAAAAAACAAAUGUCACGAUCAAAGUUCUUCGUCAUUGUUCUUGCUUGUAGUUUUGGUUAUUACUUGCUACCUGGAUAUUUCUUUCUAACACUACAAUCUAUCUCAUGGGUAUGUUGGGCGUUUCCUAAUUCCGUCACGGCCCAUCAAAUUGGGUCAGGCUUCUCUGGGUUAGGCAUUGGAGCCUUUUCACUUGACUGGGCCACGACGUCUUCUUUCUUAUUUAGCCCUCUUAUUUCACCAUUUUUUGCAAUAGUAAAUGUGUUUUUGGGCUAUUUCAUGAUUGUGUACUUAGUGAUUCCAAUAUCAUAUUGGGGACUUAAUGUCUACAAUGCCAAGAACUUCCCCAUUUACUCAUCUGACUUGUUUACUGGGGAUGGCCAGUUAUAUGACAUCACCAAAAUUGUGAACAAUAAGUUUGAGAUAGAUUAUUUGGAGUAUGCAAAGCAGGGAAGAGUUAACUUGAGCACAUUUUUCGCUUUAACUUAUGGUUUUGGAUUCGCGACAAUCGCAUCUACACUCACUCAUGUUGGCUUUUUCUAUGGAAAGGAGAUAUAUCAACGUUACAAAGCAUCAUCCGACGGUAAGGUUGAUGUGCAUACAAGAUUAAUGAAGAGAUACAAAGACAUACCGGCAUGGUGGUUCUACGUGCUUCUUACCAUUACACUUAUGAUUAGCCUUGCACUCACUAUUUUCAUGAAUGAUCAAAUUCAAAUGCCGUUUUGGGGAUUAAUAUUUGCUGCUUUCCUUGCUUUCUCUUUUACCCUGCCCGUAAGCAUCAUCGCCGCAACAACAAACCAGACACCAGGUUUAAAUAUCAUAACCGAAUACGCCAUGGGGUUAAUCUACCCGGGAAAACCAAUAGCCAAUGUGUGCUUUAAGACAUAUGGCUACAUGAGCAUGAGUCAAGCCAUUGCAUUUUUAAGUGAUUUCAAGCUCGGUCAUUACAUGAAGAUUCCACCAAGGUCAAUGUUUUUGGUCCAGUUUCUUGGAACAAUAAUAGCUGGAACUGUUAAUCUAAGUGUGGCUUGGUACAUGUUAAAUAAUAUCGAGAAUAUAUGCCACCCUGACCCCGAAUCCAAUAGUCCAUGGACAUGCCCGAAUGAUCAUGUUUUCUUUGAUGCAUCUGUUAUAUGGGGCUUGGUUGGCCCAAAGAGGAUCUUUGGUCCUCUAGGAAACUAUGGAGCUCUAAAUUGGUUCUUUCUUGGUGGGCUCUUGGGUCCGAUUGUGGUAUGGUUUUGUCACAAGACAUUCCCAGAUAUAUCGUGGAUUCCACUCAUUAAUCUCCCUGUGCUUCUUGGUGCUACCGCUAAUAUGCCACCAGCAAGCGCCGUGAAUUACAACUCAUGGAUAUUAGUCGGGACAAUUUUCAACUACUUCGUUUUUAGAUAUCGAAAAAUGUGGUGGAAGAGGUACAAUUACAUCCUCUCUGCUGCACUAGAUGCAGGGGUUGCAUUCAUGGCAGUUUUGUUAUAUUUUUCGACAGGGCUAGAAAAUAUUAAUGUACAUUGGUGGGGAACCGAUAACUCUCAACAUUGUGAUCUUGCGAAGUGCCCAACUGCCAAGGGUAUAAUACCACCGCCCGAUAGUACUUGUCCGAUAUUUUGA